GGCCGCGCCCUUGCUGUUGGAGGCGUAAAUAAAAAAUGUCCUCCUUGUAGGACAUGUAGUGCACUGUGUAGGGUGGUUAAAACGAUUAUUUCAUACCCCAUGUAGUGCACAUGUAGGGGUUAGGGAUAUAUAUUUAGGAUACGACCGUGUUUUAGGAGCGAGUUUAAGUAGUUAAAAUCGUUGUUGAGUAGAUCUUUUCGGCCAGCUUUGCACGAUGGAUGAAGACGAUCAUAUCCUCCCCAAAGACUUUCCCGAGCUGAAAAACGACACGUUUUUGCGAGCAGCCCGAGGUGAAGAGGUCGAGCAUGUUCCAGUGUGGUGCAUGCGGCAAGCGGGACGUUACCUGCCAGAGUUCAGGGAAUUCAGAGCGGGGAAGGACUUUUUUGAGACGUGCCGCUCCCCGGAGGACUGCUGUGAGCUCACGCUGCAGCCGCUGAGACGAUUCCCUUUCGACGCCGCAAUCAUCUUCUCGGACAUCCUGGUGGUGCCGCAGGCUCUGGGUAUGGAUGUCCAGAUGGUAGCAGGAAAAGGUCCGACAUUUCCAGAGCCCCUGAAAGAGCCAGAUGACUUGCAGAGACUUCGGUCCAAAGUGGACGUGGCGUCCGAGCUGGGCUACGUGUUCAGGGCCAUCACGCUGACUCGGCACAAACUGGAAGGCAAAGUUCCUCUCAUCGGCUUCAGCGGAGCACCGUGGACCCUGAUGUCCUACAUGAUUGAAGGCGGAGGCUCCACCACCCACUCGAAGGCAAAGCGAUGGUUAUACAGACACCCCGAGGCCAGUCAUGCACUCCUCAAACGCCUCACUGACGUUAUCGUGGACUAUCUGCUGGGCCAGGUCAAAGCCGGCGCUCAGGCCCUGCAGGUGUUUGAAUCCCACGCCGGCUGUCUGGGCCCGGCGGAGUUUAAAGUGUUCGCUCUGCCGUACCUCAGGGACAUCGCACGCAGAGUAAAGGACAGGCUGAAGGAGUCAGGAUUGGAUAACGUCCCCAUGAUUGUAUUUGCGAAGGACGGCCAUUACGCUCUGGAGGACCUCUCCCAGUCCCACUAUGAGGUGGUGGGCUUAGAUUGGACCAUUGACCCUUGCAUGGCACGGCAGAGGACUGGUGGGAAAGUCAGUCUGCAAGGGAACAUGGACCCCUGUGCACUGUAUGCUACUAAGGAGUGCAUUUCUGAGAUCGUAAAGACGAUGGUGGAGGCGUUCGGCACCAGGGGCUACAUCGCGAAUCUCGGCCACGGUUUGUACCCUGACAUGGAUCCCGAGAGUGUGGGCGCGUUUGUGGAGGCCGUGCACACACACUCCCGCCGGCUGCUCAACCACAAAUAAGUUGAAGUCCAUCUGACCAGAGACGACAAGAGACAUCAGAACCACACACUGCUAUUCCAGGCCUGUUUAAAAGGAAAAAAAAAAAUCAGUAGUGAUGUAGGAUGAUCAUCGAGGUUACAUCGUAUUGUAGAGUUUUGUUGACCGAAAUGUGAUUUGUAAUCAUGACUGGAAAAAAAAAAAAAAAAACAUGUAAAAGUCAGAAAUGAAGAGAGUUUUUAUUCAUAUAUGUAUAAAAUGGUUUUCUAUUCAACCAAAUAAAGAGAGAUCUUCAUGGAAA